AUGGAGACCACCGCCUCAUGGCGCCUCCUCCCCGCUGCGUCCUCGCCGCGUCCCUCCCUGCUUCAAGCCAGACGGCAGGCGACCUUCCCUUCGUCUCUUCAACAGCCGGCGAUCUCCAAGUCCAGGAUCCUCUGCCUUCUCCAUGACAAGCCUGCCCCUACCUCCGAGAGCUCGCAGCUGCAGAAGCUGGCCUCCGUGUUGCAGUGCGGCGCCGUCUGGGCAGCAGUGCAGGCCCCGGCUGCUUUGGCGACGGUGAGCGGGGAGGAGGACCUUGACCUCCUGGGGAUACUGCCGCCGGUGGCUGCGAUCGCCUUCGUCUACCUCUUCGUUGCUCCCGUACCGAUUAUCAUGAACUGGAUGAGACUGAGGUGGUUCAAGCGCAAGUUCGUCGAGACGUACCUGCAGUUCAUGUUCACUUACCUCUUCUUCCCCGGGUUGAUGCUGUGGGCACCGUUCGUCAACUUCAGAAAGUUCCCAAGGGAUAAAACCAUGAAGUACCCUUGGUCAAAACCCAAGGAAGGCACCCCGCUGUUCAAGGACAGAUACCCACAAAUUGACUCCUUCAGAGAGAAGUACUACUAG